AUGUCGUUUUCAUUUAUUUCUUGGAAUAGCAGGGGCAGCCUUCUUAACCAUCGAAAGCAGCGCUUUAUUCAAAACAUGGUUAGUAAAUAUAAUCUUUCUUUAUUUGGGAUGUUGGAAACAAAGAAGGAUUCGAUUGAUGCUUUUCUUGUUCGGAAGCUUUGGCCGAAUUUGGACUUCGAUUUUGCUUGGGUCCCAUUAGUUGGUGCAUCAGGUGAGCUGCUUAUUAUAUAUAAUUAUGUUUUACUUCAUAAUAUUGAGAUUGAUUCUGGCUCUCGAUGGAUUUUUCUGGAUUUGAUGUUUAAUUUUCUGUCUAUUCGUCAUAUUCUCAUUUAUGCGAGUAAUUUAGCUUCUAAAAGAUUGUCUUUGUGGAAUGAUUUGUUGCUGCUCACGAUAUCUACUCUGGUCUUGUCUCUGUAUGCGGGAAUUUUAAUGAAGUUUUAUCUCCUGCUGAAUGUCUUAAUUGCUCGGAUUUCUCGCCUUCUAUCUCUUCAUGAUUUUCUGAAUGAGUCUGAAUUAGUGGACCUUCCUCUUCAAGGUCGCUCUUUUACUUGGCAAAAUUCUUUCUCAAAAUCAAGAAUUGAUGGAUGUUUUCGUAAGCUAAAACAUCUUCGGGAAAGGUUUAAAACUUGGAAUGCUGAAGUGCUUGGGGAUCAAAACAAAAAGCAAGCUGAGCUCGCAACGGAAAUAGCGCAGCUGGAUGUUAUUGUCGAAUCUAGAAGCCUCCAAUAUGUGGAAUUAGAGAGGUUAGAUGUUAUUAAAUCUCAGCUUUGGGUAGUUGAAAAGCGUAUAGAAAGUUUGUGGUUUCAGAAGUCCAGGCUGAAUUGGUCAAUCAAAGGGGAUAGGAACUCGAAUUUUUAUCACACUACAACUUCAAUGCACUACCGAAACAAUCAAAUUUCUGCUAUAAUAGGGUUCUAUUCAGCUUUAUACUUUAAGAAUCAUGAGGUUUCAGUGGACUACUCCGGCUUUGAUUUCAAGGGUUUAUCUUCUGAUCAAGCUGCUAGUUUAAUUCGUCCAUUUCAAGAAUCAUAUAUUUUUUCGGAGCUUAAUUCUUGUAAUGAUACUAAGGCUCCGGGUCCUGAUGGGUUUAACUACUUUUUCAAUAAGCGUGCUUGGCAUUUCAUUAAGAGGGAUAUUUUAGAGUUUUUUUUAACGAUUUUCAUAGUUCGAAUUUGCUGCCCCAUUUAA